CGCUGUGUCCCAGCCCAUGAUUAAGUCAUGUUAGACUAACUGUUGGUGAACAGGGUGCAGUGAGCAAAACAGUUAGGUUCAUUGAGUCAUUUUGAUAUGAAUAUGAAAUGCCAUCUGCCAUCGUGAGAGUCUGAAUGAUUCAGAGGUAAACGAGUCACUGACAGCCGAGCACUCAGUCAAUAGCUCAGUCAACACGUUUAUUCUGCCGUGAUGGUACCCAAUAUUUGUUUUGAAUGACUGAGCGUACAUUUUCUAUGGAAAAAUGACUCAAUUACAUGCUGUGUGAGCGAAGGCAAGCGGUGUGCGUCGCCUGUUCGUGAGUGACUGAAUAUUUUUGUUGGCUCUUUCAUUGCCUUGUCCUUUACCGUUUGGUACAAACGGUCUGCACAGAGCAAUGGAUUGAAUAGUGCAGUGCUUUCACACUCAGCUUAGGUAGUCAAUAAUUUUAAGCACAAACUCGAAGCUGUUCUUGACGGUGUAUUUUCUGUUUGUUUCUAAUUUCACGUGUUCAGUCAAAACUAGGUAAGCUUUCGAAGAUGUUAGUUACAUAAAUUUGGCACCACUGAAUCGAACAUGAGACCAAAGCACCGUAACGAACCACCAAACAGUAACCUACAAUAGACAGACCGAGCGACGGCCAGAGAAGAGUGAACCUGAAAAUGAACUCCUCUCCCCAAGUUCAGCAUUAUGCUAUGGAUCCACCAACGGAGCAUUAGCAGUACAACAUUCGCACCAAUCCACAGCCAGGUAGCAGCGGUGUGCGAUUUUUCCCCAAAAAAGCGAAACGAUAGAAUAAACUGGGGGAAAAUCAUAAUGACUCCAUCCGUUCGCUGCACUGACUGGCCAUUGAGCAGAGCAGAGCAGAGCAAAUCUGCCUGACUGGAAUGGAAACUCUCGCGUCAUCGAGAUCGGGCUCAGUUCAGUCAGUUCCAGCUGUAACCUUGUCGCGUUCGGACGUGCUUUCUUCCCCCCACAUUUGUUCUGGGUACGGUACGAUACGGGACGGUCUCGUUAGUAAGUCAAUUAAUCAGUGCAGGUCAGGUUCUCUUUUUCGUCUCCGAACCGUUGGCCAGAUCGUCGGUCUUGCCCAUCUAGUCAGAGAAAAAAGAUCGAAGCGGACGUUCGAGCUCAGUGCACACAUUCCGUACAAGCGGUCGGAAUGUCCGAUACGGAAGAGGAUUCGGCAUGUUCGGAAAGCUGGCCCAUCAACGAGGAUUGGUUGAUCGAGGUGCUGAAGAAGCACCACGAGGUGCGGUCCGGGAUUAAUAUUACGGACUUCAAGGUGAAACAGGGCUGCCAAGAUGGGGUGAACAACCUGAGCGACAUCCUGUCGGUAUCGGUGGUGUACGAGUUUCAGGGCGUUCAGGACAAGGUGGAGCGCAAGAGUUUGGACAUUGUGAUAAAACUGUUGCCUCAGGAUCCGUUCAGCAGGUUCUUCGUGACGGAGGCGCAGUUCGAUUUGCGGGAGAUCAAGUUCUACACGAGUAUUCUUCCCGACCUGCUAGCUUUCCAGGAGACGGACGUCUCCAAGGAGGACAGCGCCAUUAUGUUGGUAUCGGUACCGACCUGCUUCUACACCCAGUACGCUCCGGCCAUCAGCCCUUCUCAGGGUAGUCCGGAACCGCCGGAAAGCAUCCUGGUACUGGAAGAUAUGCGCUCCCUCGGAUAUAAGGGUGCCAACUUCACGUCCGGGCUCACGGUCGGUCAAACCGAGGCUGCCAUCCGAGCCAUCGUUGCCAUUCAUGCACUUUCACUGGGGCUUAAGCUCAAAAAGAAGGUCGAUGUCAACGAAAAGUAUCCCUUUUUAUUCCAAACGACCCGCGCCACCGAGAGCUACCAGCAGCUGGUCGAACAAGGGAUGCCUCAGUUGACCAAGUUCCUUGAAGCCCAGCCCGGAUACGCAAAUGAACUGAAAGCCCUCAACAAGAUUCGAGCCAAGACCAAAGAAUUGAUCGAAACCCUGCUGCAACCGAUCGAACCGAUGGGACUGAUUACGCAUACGGACUUCUGGUGCAACAAUCUGCUGUUCCGAGCCGAAGGGGACGGAACCGAUAGCUGUAUCAUACUGGACUGGCAGAUGGUAACGUACAGUCGACCCACAAACGAUUUGGCGCUGUUGCUGAUUUCUUCGAUUCCGUCCAACAUCCGACGCCAGCACGCCACUCGGUUGCUGGAUUUGUACUACAACCUUCUCAAGUCGUACUGCCAAAAGUUGGAUAUCGACGUGGAGGCCGACCUGGGUUACAGUCGGAACAAGAUGGAACUGGAGUAUCGCCAAUCGCAACUCCUGGCCCUUCUGCUCUGCAUCGGGUCGAUCGACAUCGCCAUCGGAAAUCCGGUUGCGGAGCAACGUUUGUUGGAUGUCCUGCGUGAUUUCAACGAGGAAGGCAUUCUCAAUCUGGACGAAUGCCUCUAAGCGGUGGGACAGUUUUGACAUUUUGUAACAAGCCAAGAGAAUAGGACGUUGUACUGUUGAAGCAUUCAAUUUCUAUACUAAUACAGUAACUUCCCAGCAACAGUUUCACACUUAGACAUAUGCGAAUAAAUCAAAUUUGAAUCCAGCGCUUUCGACUACCAACCCAGCCAGUAACUGAAUCCAACCGAGAGAAAGUCAAUCCUUAAUCAAAAGCAUGAGUUUUGAAAUGCCUUUUUAGCAGAAAAAUAAAGACAAUUAUGACAGCGUAGUCCUAGCAUUGCAACUAAAUUAAACUAAACAAAUUAAUGCAUAAUCAGCGAACACAUUUGGUUUCAGCUGCUAAAUGGAAAGAUAAAUAUAAAUUGUUUAUGAAGAAAAACCAAAACUAUAUUAGCGUAACAAAAACAAACUUUGCCGUACUGAUAGAAUUUUACCGUAAACUUGAAGCAUUCCAACAAGUGAAGAUUUAUCCAAAGAAGAAACAGAAAACAGUGUUGUAUUGAUUACAGGUGAACAUUUGCUGUAAUAAAAAUUAACAAAUCAUUACCAAAA